UCUACUUAAUCUUCCACCCCAACUCUUUCCACAGAUUUCACACUAUCCUUGGCCCCUCACUUCUGUUUUCAGAGUUUAAGUCUUACGGAGGAAGGAAAAGGAGCUAUUUGAAGAAAACUCAAGAGAAGAAAAAGCAAAAAUAAGAGACUUUUAUCAGAAGGACAAGUGAAGGCAAGAUUUAAUUCUUUAUAAAAGAAAUCACCGAAUAUUUCACAUCUAUCUAACUGAAGUUACCCUAACUGGAGGUAUCAAGUGUGUUUACUACAUACCAGUGAAAGAAUAUUGCAGCCAGUUGAUCUCCUGAUCUUACAAUGUCUGAAAUCAGAUUUAGCAAUCUCACUUGGGAUCAAGUUAUAAUACUGGAUCAAGUGUUAGAUGAAGUAAUUCCAAUUCAUGGAAGGGGAAAUUUCCCCACAUUGGAGGUAAAACCAAAAGAUAUCAUUCAUGUUGUGAAAGACCAAUUGAUAGAGCAAGGAAUUAUUGUUAAAGAUUCCCGAUUGAAUGGUUCCACAGCAAGUUAUAUACUUGCAAGCCACAGUGGAAUCAGCUAUAAGGAUCUUGAUGUUAUUUUUGGUGUUGAAUUACCAAGUGAUCAGGAAUUUCAAGUUAUUAAGGAUGCAGUUCUAGGUUGUCUACUGGACUUUUUACCAAAAGGUGUGAAAAAGGAAAAGAUCACCCUAAAGACCAUGAAAGAGGCUUAUGUGCAGAAGAUGGUCAAAGUUUGCAAUAUGCAUGAUCGUUGGAGUCUCAUUUCUCUUUCAAACAACACUGGAAAAAAUGUAGAGCUAAAAUUUGUGAAUUCACUCAGACGGCAAUUUGAAUUUAGUGUUGAUUCCUUUCAAAUUGUUUUGGAUCCCAUGUUAGAAUUUUACAGUGACAAAAAUGCUAGGCUAACCAAAGAAUAUUAUCCUGUUGUGAUAGCUGAAAGCAUGUAUGGAGACUUCCAAGAAGCAAUGACACAUUUGCAAUACAAGCUUAUAUCUACUAGAAAACCUGAAGAGAUUAGAGGUGGUGGCCUUCUGAAGUACAGCAACUUGCUGGUUCGUGAUUUUAAACCAGCUUGUGAAGCAGAAAUCAAGACACUGGAACGUUACAUGUGUUCUAGAUUCUUCAUUGAUUUUCCUGAUGUAGUAGAACAGCAAAAGAAGAUUGAAUCGUACCUCCGUAACCAUUUCAUAGGUGAAGAAAAUAGCAAAUAUGACUACCUUAUGACCUUGCGUGGAGUUGUGAAUGAAAGCACUGUUUGCCUUAUGGGUCAUGAAAGAAGGCAGACACUCAAUAUGAUCACCUUUAUGGCUUUAAAAGUACUUGGAGAACAGAAUAUUUUACCCAAUACAGACAAUGUAACUUGCUUUUAUCAGCCUGCUCCAUACUUUGCUGCUGAGGGAGGGUAUCCUAAUUAUUAUGUAACAUCUGGACCACCACCGAUUUUUUUCCAACCAUACCAACCACUGCACUUUCAUGUGCCAAAUGGUAUGGUCUAAACACACACACACACACACACACACACACACACACACACCCCAGAAACUUUGCUUUAAUUAAACACGUCUUAAAAGCAAGUUUCCAAAAUCCAUAAAAUUAAAAUCUAUUUUUUAUAUUUCUUCAGUUAUCAACUAUUUUCCAUUAAUUAUAACUUAAACCGUCACAGUAAGUACAAUAUCAUCUAUAAACUGACCACUGUAAAUGAUUUUCAAGUGUUAUUAAUAAGCUAUAAUAACUUUCAAAUGUUGUGGACCACUUAAAAUGAUUUUCAGAUCUUACUAAGUCUUAAGUAAGACUCAAAUUUGUCCUGAAAAAUACAUGACAGAUGCCUGAAUCUUUGAUUAAAAUAUAAGAGACUCAUAUUUUCAAAUUCAAAGGUACAGUAAAUAUAAGUGCCAACAUUUCUUUAUUCAAUCAAUUCCUGUGUUUCAUUCACUUCACCAUUUUUUUUCUGGUGAAUAUUACCAUCACUGAGUUUUCAAUACUUAACAAAAAUGCCUAAUUUCAAAGACAACAGAUUCAGAAGAGAUUAAAACUCUGGACUUUAUAAUUGUUUUCCAAUUAAAUUGGGUUAGAUACAAAAUCCUACUGUUAUUUCAAGGAACACUGAAAAAAAUAUUUCUUAAAAACACUGGACAUUAGCAAUUUGUUAACUGUCAAAUAGUGUUGUUGAUCUGAAGAAUAAUACCAUCCAGCUGUAAAAUCAAUACUGCGAUCAAAAUUAUAUGUGUCUUCAUUUUUUUCCCCUAAAUAAGUUGAAAAGAAUGAAAAUGACCAUGAAUGUGAACAUUUUUUAUCAUUAUCUGUUAGAGACUCUAAAUGGCAGAUAGCAAAAAAACAGGCAAUGUUUUUUUUAGCUAUGGAUGGUAUUUAUCAUUUUUAGGACCUAUUUGUCUAAUGUAUUAAUAUAUCUGGAGAUACUCAGUAUCAGUAAGUUAAAAUAUUUUCAUUAUUGUUCAUUGAAGUGCAUUUUUUUCACUUUGCUCUUACUAAAGAUCAGUUUCUAACAUGCUACUCAAGUGCCUCUUCAUGUGAGUUUUUGCUUAAUACUAUAAUUUAUCCAACAAUUGCAUACAUUCAUCAGGUAUCUGACUAUUUGCCUACUACAUCAGGUAUGCUGCUAGCAUAUCUACCAAUAGAAUUAAAACAAUAUUUUUCCCAUAAUGAAGAAAAUAAUGCAUAACCAAUAUUAAUGGAGAUGAGAGAAGAUGAACCAACCUGAAUGAAUAUAGAGAAGACCAUCAGACAACUUCACCAUUUUAACUUGCUUCUGAUUUUUUGUUUUUCCAUCUCAGUUUUCAUUGACCAUCAUAAGUUUUUUCAUCACAGCAUGAUCCAAAAGGCAUAUUCUGAGAAUUUGUCACUUAUAAACUGUGCUUAAUCUGUCUUCUCUGUAUUAAAGUACUGGACACAAAAAGUACAUAAAAUAUGGCAUUUUCAAAUAAAUAUUUCCAAGAUGUUUUAUACCACCACACCACUGGCCAUCAGUAUAUUUUUAAAGAAUUAUAUUUAAAAUGUAUUUAUGUGUAUUUACACAUGCACAUAUUUAUCAAUCAUACAACCCUGAGGCUUUUAAACGUUAUAUGGAUUCACCUCUUUGCUUGGGAAAAAUAAAGAAUUUAUAAAUACCACAUUAAAG